UUGCAUUUAAAAAAAAAAAAGUUACCACUUACUCUUAUUGCUCUCAUCCAUAUGCGCCUUCAUUAGAAACAUAUUCAGCGCACUAGCUUUGAUGAAACAUCAAUUUCAACUAUACUUGUCCAUCCUUCUGCAAGUUGACCGAUUUAAAAAAAAAAAAGGCCAUCUAUUCCGACCUGCUUCUCCAUAUGCUCCUAUGCGAACAUAUUUUGGAAAUGUCCACUUGUGGUGAACAUAUUUGGAUCAAAUUGAUUUAUUGUUAUAAUUCGAUUUCCAAAAAAGCGGUUUUUCUUUUAAGGAAAGAUGUUUUAAAAAUUUGCGCUCAUACUUUAAAAACAUUUGUCAUCAUUCUUGAUCACUUCUUCAUUCCAUCUUCUUGUUUCUCAUAUAUGGUCAUUGCGAAUGAUUAGCUAUUUUUGGUUCGUCUUUAGGAAAUGUUGAGUGUUUACUCUUAACACACUUUGUUCUGAGGUUAAAAACUUUUCCUAAAUGCAUGACUGGAGAAAGUGCGCGUUAGGAAAUAACAAAAAAGUGUUCUAAAAACCAGAUGAAACGGACGGAAAACAGACAUUUUAAAGAAAGCGAUAGUCGUACGUCUGAGCAACGAUUAUAAAAGCAGACCUUUUGUUCGAAGAUUCGCUUAUAGUAAAUACGGCAGUUGCUUAAAUGCAGUUAUAUAAUAUCUUCUUACGCGUCGCAACUAAGAAACUAUUUUUACUCUUUCCUGUUCGUUUUGGGGGCCCGGGCUUAACCACCCCAACGUUUUCAUAACGCUUGUCACACACGUACACGUACGUACAUAUGGGAGAGCGUGCUUAUGUGAAUUUCACUAUUUAAACGCAGUAGCUAUAACAUUGUUGUAAUUGUGUGCAUUGUAGUUGUUGCGUUGUUGUGUUUUCCGUACACAAAACUAUGAAUCAUCGAGCAUUGCAAGAUGUCAUUGAACGUUAUUAUAUAAAUGGUUAUGUUAGUAAUGGUGCGAUGGUGGUUUUACAAGGAUGUGAAUGUCCUUUUCAUUAAAUCUGAAAAAGUGCAGUGCUAAGUAUGUCCAGCGAGGAAGACAAACCUCCAGCUCCACCUGUUCGUUUGACAAGCAAUAGAGGCGGUGACCGCGUAGGCGGGGGCAUUACAGGUGGUGCCUCCGGCGAUGCGCCUGCUGUGGAUAUGAAACCUCUACCGAAAGAACCCGACGAUCCCGAUCGCAAGAAAAAGACUUUAAAAAAUAAGAUUAAAGGUUCCAAGCCUUCACAUCAAGAUUCCAAACCUAAUAUAUCGUAUCCUACAAAUUUCGAGCAUACCGUGCACGUGGGCUUCGAUGCUGUUACCGGCGAAUUUACGCUGCCAAUGAAAGGUAUGCCGGAAGCCUGGGCGCGUCUGCUUAUGAAUUCAAAUAUAAGCAAGCAAGAACAAAAGAAAAAUCCUCAAGCUGUUCUAGAUGUGCUUAAGUGGUUUGACAAUACAACCAAGCAAAGGCCAAGUUCAAAAUACAUGACAAAUGCCAUAACUACACAUUCGGGAUCUUCAUUGAGUCGUGUAAGCAGCAGCAGUCCAAGUAGUACGCCUACCGAUUCCGAAUUGCACGGCUCGAAUAGCGGCGGCAACUUAAUAGGAGUUAAUUUGGGCAGUUUAGCUAUUAGUUCCAAUGCCAACAGUGGCUCUCUACCUAACUCGAGUAGUUUGUUAACAGGCGGUCUUGGCAAUCAUCAUCCCCCUGCUUUACACGGUCAUCACGGACAGCAGCAUCAUGUCACCGCAAUUAAUACGAUUAGUCAAUCGCAUUCUUAUAAUUUCGGUGGCAAUACGGCUUCGUCGUCUUCGCAACAUUCAUCAGCUAAUGAGGACGAUAUUCUCGGCACUCCGCAGCCUCCGCCUCCACCUAUCGCAUCACGUCCCGAACGUACGAAAUCGAUAUACACCCGACCCAUUGAAGAUAUUCAACAGCCUGCAUCAGCUUUAACACCAUUACAGCCGCCGCCACCAACUGCAGCACCUGCAACUACACCUACAACACCACAGCAUAACAAUGUUGCUCAAGCGCAAUACAAAACAACAGCCAGCACUGUGGCGGGCACAACAACUACGCUAGAUAAAAAUAAGAACAAUGCAACAGCUGGAACUGGAGCUGAUGAUGCAGCAGCUUCCACACUUCAGAGUAUUGCUCAUUAUGCUACUACCACUACUACUAGUACCAUACAUACCACUACUACUACUACCAUAGACCCGAAUGUCUCCACUAACAAUCUAUUAUUACUAACGACUACUAUCACUACUAAUGCUUGUGCAGUCAAUAUGACUGUUAAUACGAAUUGUUCUAGUAUUAGUUCUCAAUUGCCAUAUAUCGAUUGUAAUGCAAUCGCAACUACAAGAACAACAAUAACAACGAUUAAUCACGAUUCUUCUGCUUCCUCCUUUUCAUCGUUUCCCUCGUAUCAUGACGGCCAUCCAUUGCCACCCAUCUAUUGCCCUUCAUCAUCUUCCUCUUUGAUUGGCGGCGAAUCGAUAACAAUGCCAACACCGCCAUUGCCCACACCGAUUGGUAAUGCACCAUCCGGUUUAAUUGGCGAUCCUAUAACAACUGUCACACCGGCUACACCCGAUGCCUCGUUUGUUGAUGCUAACGCUGACGCGGAUGUGUUCACAUCUUCUACAGAUUUAUAUGUGCAUGACGCGAACACUAACAAUUUGACGGCUACUGCGGUGGCGGCAGCCAUUUCAACAGUUAGCGGCGGAGCGAUAAGCACUAAUACGGCAGCGGCUACUGUUACUCCAGCCCCAGUUGCUAAUAUUGCCGCUACCGCCACUAGCAAUACUCCAACUACUCAGCAACGUUCAGGCGCCACGAAAAAGAAGAAAAUGUCCGACGAAGAGAUAUUAGAGAAACUACGUACCAUCGUAUCGGUGGGUGAUCCGAAUCGUAAAUAUACCAAAAUGGAAAAAAUCGGUCAGGGCGCAUCGGGCACUGUGUAUACGGCCAUUGAAUCAUCUACUGGCAUGGAAGUGGCUAUAAAACAAAUGAAUCUCUCUCAACAGCCCAAAAAGGAACUGAUAAUUAAUGAGAUUUUGGUAAUGCGAGAGAAUAAACAUCCAAAUGUCGUCAAUUAUUUGGACAGUUAUUUGGUGUCUGAAGAGCUAUGGGUAGUUAUGGAAUAUCUACCAGGUGGAUCCCUAACGGAUGUUGUAACUGAGACUUGUAUGGACGAGGGACAAAUAGCCGCUGUGUGUCGUGAAGUAUUGCAGGCUCUUGAGUUUCUACACUCCAAUCAGGUUAUACAUCGUGACAUUAAAAGUGAUAACAUACUAUUGGGCUUAGACGGUUCCGUAAAAUUGACUGAUUUCGGUUUCUGUGCCCAGAUCUCGCCAGAGCAAUCGAAACGCACAACUAUGGUUGGCACGCCGUAUUGGAUGGCCCCGGAAGUAGUCACCCGAAAACAAUACGGACCUAAGGUUGAUUUAUGGUCUCUCGGUAUAAUGGCCAUUGAAAUGGUUGAAGGUGAGCCGCCGUAUCUCAAUGAGAAUCCUUUAAAAGCCUUGUACCUCAUUGCCACAAAUGGCAAACCCGAAAUUAAAGAAAAAGAAAAACUUUCGCCAGUAUUUCAAGAUUUUCUCGAUCAAUGCCUGGAAGUCGAUGUGGAUCGGCGUGCCGGCGCAUUGGAGUUACUUAAGCAUCCAUUUUUAAAAUUGGCCCGACCUUUGGCCAGUUUAACGCCUUUGAUUAUGGCUGCCAAGGAGGCCACUAAGGGCAACUGAUUAAAGCAACAACAUUGAUUUAUGUUAAAACUUUUUACUUAAUUCUUGUUUUUCACUAUUACAAUAACAACAAACGCA